CCAGGGACAGCGCCCGGGCGCUCCGGGAUGGCUCUCCACCGGGCCCCCAGGCCGCGCAAAGUUCGCAGGAGGCGAGAGAUGCUGCCGCAGCAAGUUGGCUUCGUGUGCGCGGUGCUGGCCCUGGUGUGCUGUGCGUCCGGCCUCUUUGGCAGCUUGGGGCACAAAACUGCUUCUGCUAGCAAGUAUGUUCUACCAGACACCUGGAGAAAUAGAAAGCUGAUGGCAACAGUGAAUGGGACUCAGACAGCUAAGAAUUGCACAGAUCCUGCGAUUCAUGAGUUCCCCACAGACCUCUUCUCCAAUAAGGAGCGCCAGCACGGAGCCGUCCUGCUGCACAUCCUCGGUGCUCUGUACAUGUUCUACGCCCUGGCCAUCGUGUGCGACGACUUCUUUGUUCCUUCUCUGGAGAAGAUCUGUGAGAAGCUCCAUCUGAGUGAAGAUGUGGCUGGAGCGACCUUCAUGGCUGCAGGAAGCUCAACGCCUGAGCUGUUUGCCUCUGUUAUAGGCGUGUUCAUCACCCACGGAGACGUCGGGGUUGGCACCAUCGUGGGCUCUGCCGUGUUCAACAUCCUGUGUAUAAUUGGAGUUUGCGGAUUAUUUGCAGGGCAGGUGGUCCGUCUGACGUGGUGGGCCGUGUGCCGAGACUCCGUGUACUACACCCUCUCCGUCAUCGUGCUCAUUGCCUUCAUAUAUGAUGAAGAAAUUGUGUGGUGGGAAGGCCUGGUGCUCAUCAUCUUGUACGUGUUUUACAUUCUGAUCAUGAAAUACAAUGUGAAGAUGCAGGCCUUUUUCACAAUCAAACAAAAGACCAUUGCAAACGGCAACCCGGCCAGCAGUGAGCUGGAGGAUGGUAAUGAUUACUGUGAUAGUAAUUCUGAUGACCCUUCCAUGCCAUUGCUGGGGCAAGGUAAGGCUGAGCAGACAGGAGUGGCUGAAACCGUGUGGUUGAAACCGCCCUUCCUUUCUCUUUCCUGCACACGUGCACGCACACACAAAGCCUCUGUAUUGCCGCGCUUACCUUUGUGCGUGUUUCUCUCCCUCUCCCUUCUGGCGCUGCCCCAUCCCCCUGCAGAGGCAAGAGGGGACAAAGCCAAGUGGGUGUUCACCUGGCCACUCAUCUUCCUCCUGUGCAUCACCAUCCCCAACUGCAGCAAGCCCCGCUGGGAGAAGCUCUUCAUGGUCACUUUCAUCUCCGCCACACUGUGGAUCGCUGUCUUCUCCUACCUGAUGGUGUGGCUGGUGACUAUUAUUGGCUACACACUGGGGAUCCCUGAUGUUAUCAUGGGCAUUACUUUCCUGGCAGCAGGCACGAGCGUUCCAGACUGCAUGGCCAGCUUAAUCGUGGCAAGACAAGGCCUUGGUGACAUGGCAGUCUCUAACACCAUAGGAAGCAAUGUGUUUGACAUCCUGGUGGGCCUCGGCAUACCUUGGGGCCUGCAGACCAUGGUUAUUAGUUACGGGUCCACGGUGAAGAUCAACAGCCGAGGUCUGGUGUAUUCCGUGGUGCUGUUGCUGGGCUCGGUCGCUCUCACCGUCCUUGGCAUCCACCUGAACAAAUGGAGACUUGACCGGAAGCUGGGAGUCUAUGUGCUGGUUCUCUACGCCGUCUUCUUGUGCUUCUCGAUUAUGAUAGAGUUUAACGUCUUCACCUUCGUCAACUUGCCAAUGUGCCGAGAAGACGAUUAAAGCUGAGCCUCUGCCCCAGAGCUGUUCCGGACUCUCUGGAAUGGGUGUCCUGCUUUCUUUCCCUCCCCCACCAUGAGUCUCUCCUGCAUCCGUGGCCGCCAUCUCCUUUCAGACCCUGGAAGGGAGAGCCAUCGUGGUCUUUGGUCACCAGCCAGCCUGCUGGGCAUCCUCCUCCUCCUUGGAGUUCUGUGCCCGAGCAAGGCCAGAUUCAGGGCCCACUGUUUGAGCAG